AUGCCGAAGUCUGUAGCUUCCACUCGGUCAUACCGUAGCUAUGCGUCCGACUACGAUCCACACAACGACCACUCCGACGAUGAGGUCGACGAAGUUGAAGAGCUGGCUAUCAGGAAUGCUGUCAUAAAUGCCCAACAUAGUCGGACUGCACCAGUCUCGCCUGUAGACACUCGAACACAUGGAUCAUCAAGAACAUCUGAUCUGGAUUUGCGUAGUAGGCUACCAGAACGUCCACUUGUGAUGGAUGAAACGACUGGGCUUCUUGGACAUAUGGACGGCCAUAACUCGGGCUACCGUACUCUACCUGCCAGCGUGCCAGCAACACCAAGGUUUCCGCUCAGCAGACAGCAUAGCCAGUUGAACACCAGCAGACUCCGUAACCACAGUCGGAAAGGAUCGAUAGGGCUUCGACUUGCACGAGCUCUUGGCACAGAUGCCAAUCUGACAGAAUCUGCCGAUCUUGAGCAGUCGAAGCCCUCUAUCUUCGCGGAUGAUCGUAUAUGGUACGAUCAGUUCACAUCAACGGACUGGGUGCACGAUAGCAUAGCAGACGCCUUCCGGGUCAAAGAGCUCAGAGCCAGAAAGGACUUCAAAGGUAGAGCCUAUGCUUUAUUCGACAGUGCACAAGGGUGGAUCGUUGUGGCCAUCAUAGGCGUGGUCACCGCUGGCUUUGCAUACGUUAUUGACAUCACCGAAGCUGCAAUCUUUGACUUAAAGACUGGCUACUGCAGCACGAAAUGGUAUCACAACAAGCGUAAAUGCUGCUCUGGGGUCGCCAUGUGCGAUGACUGGAACAGAUGGUCCAGUCUGAUACAUAGCGAGGGCAAUGCAAAGUUAUGGUCGAACUUUGCUGCCUACAUCGCUUGGGUCGUGGUACUUGCUUUACUUGGCUGUCUCGUUACGCUUCAGACCAAGACCGUGGUAUCGUCUGCGAUCUCGUUGUCGACACUAGACGAGAAUCUGGGAGCUGACAAAGCCGACACUUCGAAAGACGAUACCGAGGGCAGAAGGACCAGCGUGAGCCCCACUCGUCGCUUUAACGAGGCUGCGCAACGGCCACCUGUCAUAUACUAUCCUGCUGCAGGUUCAGGUGUGGCAGAAGUCAAAGUUAUCUUAUCUGGAUUCGUGCUGCACGGCUACUUGGGAGUCACAACGCUUAUGGCCAAGACCAUCGGCCUCAUUCUGAGUGUUGCCUCAGGUCUGUCUAUCGGCAAGGAGGGACCAUACGUACACAUCGCAACGUGCAUCGGCAACAUCACCUGUCGCAUGUUCAAGAAGUACCGCACGAAUGAUGGUAAGCGUCGUGAAGUGCUUUCGGCCUCCGCAGCAGCUGGAGUCGCCGUUGCGUUUGGUGCACCAAUCAGUGGUCUACUGUUCAGCCUCGAGGAAGUCAGCUACUACUUCCCACCGAAAGUGCUGUUCCGCACUUUUUUCUGCUGUAUUGCUGCAGCACUUUCGUUACGAGGUCUCAAUCCAUACGGAACGGGGAAGAUUGUUUUGUUCCAGGUCCGCUACCUGAUCGACUGGAAAGUAUUCGAGCUGAUUGUCUUUGCACUCCUUGGCGUCUUGGGUGGUCUGACGGGUGCACUCUUCAUCAAAGCAUCUCGCUUCUGGGCGAAGACUUUCCGCAAGAUCGGCGUUAUUAAAAAAUAUCCUCUCGUAGAGGUGCUCCUCGUCGCCCUAGUCACUGGACUUGUCAGCUUCUGGAACAGGUACACCAGACUGCCCGUGGCCGAGCUACUAUUCGAGCUUGCGGCACCGUGCGACGCCUUUACCAAAGACGGCUCUGGGUUGUGUCCGACUCGAGAGCGCAUCACGGAUGUCAUCUGGUAUCUCUGUGCUGCCUUCGUCAUCAAGUCUGCGCUCACGGUCGUCACGUUUGGUAUCAAGGUACCUGCCGGCAUCUAUGUACCUUCCAUGGUCAUCGGUGGCUUGCUUGGUAGGAUUGUGGGUCAUGUCAUCCAGCUGCUGACGCUGAAAUACCCGAACUUCGGCUUAUUUGCCGCCUGUCCAAAGGAUGGAGGACCAGAGUCUUGUGUCGUGCCGGGUGUAUAUGCACUAGUGGCCGCUGGUGCGACCAUGUGUGGAGUCACUCGCCUUUCGGUCACUCUUGCUGUAAUCCUGUUUGAGCUUACUGGUUCUCUUGAGCACGUCUUACCGUUCUCGCUAGGUGUGCUCAUAGCGAAGUGGACAGCAGAUGCCGUGGAGCCUCUCAGUAUCUACGAUUUGCUGACCGAUAUGAACUCGUAUCCAUACCUUGACUCCAAGGCACGCCCGACCUUCACUACCGAAUUAGGCGACAUCACACGUCCUCCAAGCAAGAACAGGAUUGUCGACGUCACGACCGCUCCACUCGUGCCUGCGAAACAAUUACGGUCAAAACUGGAGUAUCUCCAUAUGGCCGGCGAGCUAGAUGGCGGAUUACCGAUACUACGUGAUGGCGUAUUGGUAGGCUUGAUUCCGGCGCCCGAUCUCGAAUACGCACUUGAUCGCCUCGAGAAAGAGGACGAUGCACUCUGUCUCAUGUCUCCACAAGAGCGAUGGCAGGGACCAGGUCGCGGUACAGAUCCUCACGAUCAUAACAUAGACGUCGAUGGUGCAGCAGAACAAGAUCUCGAUGCCGCUGAACAACAGCCUCUCCACGGCGGCGGGUCCGCCGACCCAACAGAUUUCACACCAUUCAUAGAUCCAGCACCCGUAGCGUUGGAUAUUUGCAGUCCCAUGGACCUGGUGUUCGAAUGCUUUGUUAAGCUUGGAUUGAGGUAUAUUUGUGUCUUGAAGGAGGGGAGAUAUGCUGGUUUGGUGCAUAAGAAGCGUUUCGUGCAUUAUAUUAAGGAGGUACGGGAGAAGGAAGAAUAG